AUGCAGUGCUAUACAGAGCUUUUACCCCCAACGGGGGUCACCCAUGCACUUGCACUUCCAUUUCUAUCAGAGACAGCUAGCAAUUUGAUUGUGGUGCGAUCGUCCCUGUUGCAGGUGUUUUCCCUGAUCAAACCUUUAUCUGAGAGCACGGAGACCCACUCGGCACAUUUCCAUCCAUGUGAGCCGAAACUGAUCCUGGAAAAAGAAUACCAUUUGCCAGGAACGGUGACAGAUUUGAGUCGAGUGAAGAUCUUGAAUUCCAAGAGUGGCGGAGAAGCCAUUCUGCUAGCUGUUCGAAAUGCCAAGCUCAGCCUGAUUGAGUGGGACCCAAAGCGCUACAAUCUUUCCACGGUGUCUAUUCACUACUAUGAACGUGAUGACCUAAGUCGCAGUCCCUGGAUACCAGACCUGAGUCGAUGUGGGAGUAUUCUUAGUGUGGACCCUAGCAGCCGGUGUGCGGUCUUCAACUUCGGUGUUCGUAACUUGGCCAUCUUACCUUUUCACCAGGCAGGAGAUGACCUUGUGAUGGAUGAAUAUGAUUCUGAGGUGGACGUGGAUCCCUCUACUCAAGCACUGGAGAAGAACAAGGGCGAUUCUGCUCAUCCCACUCCUUAUGGUGCAUCGUUCGUGCUGCCGCUGACAGCCCUGGAUCCUUCAUUGUUGCAUCCUGUCAGUCUGGCAUUUCUGUACGAGUACAGAGAGCCAACUUUUGGCAUUUUGUAUUCUCAAAUUGCUACCUCCAAUGCCCUUGUGCACGAGCGGAAAGAUGUGAUGUUCUAUACCGUCUUCACGCUAGACCUAGAGCAAAGGGCAUCGACGACACUUCUUUCAGUCUCCCGGCUUCCAAGUGACCUAUUCAAGGUUGUAGCACUACCGCCUCCUGUGGGAGGAGCUUUGCUUAUCGGUUCCAAUGAGAUUGUGCAUGUGGAUCAAGCAGGUAAAACAAAUGCAGUUGGGGUGAAUGAAUUCUCGCGCCAAGUCUCCGCCUUUUCCAUGAGUGACCAAUCUGACUUAGCCUUUCGCCUGGAGGGCUGUGUUGUGGAGCGACUGGGUAGUGGCAGUGGUGACCUUCUUCUUGCGCUCGCCUCGGGUGAUUUGGCCCUGAUCAAAUUCAAACUGGAUGGCCGGUCCGUGUCGGGGAUGUCUGUUCAUUCGCUACCAGCUCAAGCAGGCGGGGGCAUCUUGAAAUCGGCUGCCUCUUGUUCUACUUGCUUUGAUGAUGGCAAUGUCUUCAUCGGUAGCGAAGAUGCAGACUCUUUGCUUUUGGAGUGGUCCCACUCGGCUUUCAGCAAAAAGGCACGCCUGGAAUCAAAGCAAAUCGCCGAUGGCCUCGAAGAUUUAUCAGACGAGGAUCAGAUGGAGGAAGAUGUCUACGAAGAUGAUCUCUACUCUUCGGCGCCCGAGCGAGCCCACACUGACGCGCGCCCAACUUCGGAGGGUUCAACACCAGACUUCUAUCAUCUCCAACUGAAUGAUCGACUCCCCGGCAUUGGCCCUCUGCGGGAUGUGACUUUGGGCCAAGCUAGUUCAGUCUCAGACGACUCAGUUCUUUCUGGCACCGAGAGGGUCUCUGCAGACCUAGAGCUUGUUGCAUCACAAGGCUCAGGCAAGAGUGGUGGUCUUGUUGUUAUCAAGAGGGAGAUUGACCCAUUGACGACCAUGUCAAUGAACCUUGACGCCGCUGAUGGGGUAUGGUCGGCUAUCAUGACCCCAGGCAAACGAGGCUCUUCGCAUUUGGAUGGAUCAGAUGGGGAAAGUUUUGUCCAAUAUGUGAUAAUCGCACGGCUUACUGACGCAGAAAAAGAGGUAUCAGAGGUUCUAGUGAUGAAGGAAUCGGCGUUGAAACCCUUCAAAGCCCCGGACUUUAACCCAAGUGAAGAAAUUACUGUCGAUAUUGGGCUAUUAGCCGAAAAAUCACGCCUUGUUCAGGUUUUGCGAAAUGAAGUCAGAAUUUAUGACCGAGAUCUGGGGCUAGCACAGAUUUAUCCCAUAUGGGACGAAGACACGGAUGAAGAGCGUAUAGCAGUAAGCGCAAGCUUUGCCGAUCCUUACCUAUCUAUAUUACGGGAUGACUCUUCGCUCCUACUGCUGCAGGCAGAUGCCAGCGGUGAUCUUGACGAAGUACCAGUCUCAGAUGAAAUGUCCAUGUUAAAGUGGCAGUCGGGUUGCCUCUACCAUGACAAAAACCAGGCAUUCGGUUCCCUUCAAUCAAAAUCGAGUGGUGCUGAAGGAAAUGUCCUUCUGUUCUUGUUAAGCGCCGAAUAUAAGCUCUCGAUAUUCAACGUUUCAGACAUGAAACUGCUGUCGAUCAUGGAUGGCCUUGACUGCUUGCAACCCGUGCUAUCGAUAGACCCACCUCGACGGUCAAAUGCCCGAGAGUUGCUGAAAGAAAUCCUGGUGGCUGAUCUUGGCGAUUCCUCAUAUGUCCAACCCUACUUAAUUCUUCGAACCGAUAAUGACGAUUUGGUGCUGUACAAGCCAGUCUUCAUCCCGACCGAAGCCGAGAGCGGACAAUCGAAUCGUCUUCAAUUCUUCCGAGAAGCCCACCAUACUCUUUCUAAACUCACCUCAAAUGAAUCACUCACGGGAGCGGAGACACAUCCCCGCAGAAGACCACUGCGAGCUCUGCAGAAUGUGUCAGGGCUCAGCACUGUGUUUAUGCCUGGUGACUCGGGUAGGUUUAUCGUGAAAACAGCGAAAAGCUCACCACAUGGGGUUCGUCUCCGUGGUGGAUUCAUCAGGUGGCUUAGUGACUUUGAUUCACCGGCAACUGGCUGUGGAAACGGUUUCAUCUAUGUGGAUUCUAAGAAUACUAUCCGAGCGUGUCAAAUCCCCCCAGACACUCAACUUGACUAUUCCUGGAUCUUGCGCAAAGUCUCGUUGGAAGAGCAAGUAGACCUUUUGACUUAUUCCACGGCAUCUGAGACCUAUGUUCUAGCCACCAGCUCCAACGUAGGGUUCAAGUUACCCGAAAACGAUGAGCUACACCCUGAAUGGCGCAAUGAAGCAAAAUCAUUCCUACCCGAAGUUCCUCAGAGCUUCGUCAAAAUCAUCUGUCCAAAGACUUGGGAACUUAUAGACAGUUAUCCAUUGGAGCUCGCUGAGCAUGUGACUGCGGUGAGAAACGUGAAUUUGGAAGUGUCAGAGAACACACAUGAACGUAAAGACCUGAUUGUGGUGGGGACGGCAAUUACCAAGGGCGAGGAUAUUCCAGCCCGUGGCUGCAUCUAUGUAUUUGACGUGAUCGAGGUGGUCCCGGAGCCAGGUAAGCCAGAGACGGGUCGCAAACUCAAGCUCAUUGGCAAGGAGGUCGUCAAAGGUGCAGUGACCGCAUUGUCCGGCAUCGGCGGCCAGGGCUUUGUGAUCGUGGCCCAAGGGCAAAAAUGUAUGGUUAGGGGACUUAAAGAGGAUGGAAGCCUCCUGCCCGUGGCGUUCAUGGAUAUGCAAUGCUAUGUCAACGUUGCCAAAGAACUCAAGGGCACAGGCAUGUGCAUCCUGGGUGAUGCAGUCAAGGGCCUGUGGUUUGCAGGAUAUUCGGAGGAACCUUACAAAAUGACCCUCUUCGGCAAAGAUCCCGACUAUCUGGAAGUUGUGGCUGCAGAUUUCCUGCCAGAUGGAAACAAGCUCUACAUUCUGGUAGCAGACAGUGACUGCAACCUGCACGUACUGCAAUAUGACCCUGAAGACCCGAAGUCGUCCAACGGUGAUCGACUGCUUAACAGAAGCAAAUUCUAUACUGGUAACUUUGCCUCGACCGUCACCUUGCUGCCCCGCACAGCAGUUUCGUCUGAAUUGGUCGAGUCAACAGCAGAUGAUAUGGAUGUGGAUCAGGCCCUUUCUACCCAAAAUGUCCUAAUUACAUCCCAGAAUGGAUCUUUGGCCCUGGUGACGACCGUCAAGGAAGAAUCUUACCGUCGUCUAUCUGCUUUACAGUCUCAAUUGACCAACACGAUGGAACAUCCUGGAGGAUUGAAUCCCCGGGCUUUCCGAGCAGUUGAGAGUGAUGGCGCAUCUGGCCGGGGAAUGGUUGAUGGAACUUUACUCCGACAGUGGCUGAGUCUGGGGAAACAGCGCCAGGCGGAUUUCGCAGGUCGAGUCGGCGCGACGGAGUGGGAGAUCAGGGCCGAUCUAGAAGCUAUCGGUGGAGACGGUUUGGGGUAUCUAUGA